GAUACCAGAUAGCUUAAACUGUAAUAACAAUCAAUUUUCGUCUCAUUUGAUUUUGGAGAUUCUACAAAUCUGUUAUUGAUGUAAUUGAUGUAAUAAUUGGCUACUUGGUUUUUCCGUCAAACAUUCAGAAUUUACCAUAGAACGGCUCAUUUGUUGCCUAUAACAUAUUAUCAACUGUUAAUUCCUCGACAAACGAAGGGAACUCGAUGAAGACUGAGGGUGUAGUUCAGUUCACCGGUAGAAAGCGUAGCCUUAUUGAAGAUGCCAGGAAAGAGCGUGAGAGUGGGUUGCCCUCACCCGGCGCUUCGCGUUGUGCAGACAACUUCGUUUUUGAGGAGAAGGAUGGAAAAGUUGCCCUCAAUAUAGUGUUCACUCUCAGUAGCGAAAAGAAAUCGGCGCUAUCUAAGACGGGCAAAGUUUUAGAGACUUUUGAAGCCAAGAUCCAUCACAUUGAAACCAGACCAGGAAAGAGGACGAAGAACAGCGUGGUGGCGGAUCUGGAAUACUUCGUCAGGUGUGAGAUUCACAGCUGCGACACGGACGUCCUAAUCAGUUCCCUCAAAAGGGUUGCAGAUGAUGUCCGCGCGAUCGCUGAGGAGAAAGUUCCUUGGUUCCCAAGGAAGAUCGGAGAUCUAGACAAAUGCAAUCAUUUAAUAACAAAAUAUGACCCGGAUUUAGAUGAAGAACACCCUGGCUACAGGGAUCUGGAGUACAGGAGGAGAAGAGCUUUCAUCGCCGAACUCGCCUUCAACUACAAACAAGGAGAUCCUUUGCCCAAAGUGGACUACACACCCGAGGAGACAGCCACCUGGAGACAGGUAUACCAGACUCUGCGGGGCAUAUACCCCACACACGCCUGCAGGCAGUUCCUGGAGACCCUUCAGCAGCUGGAGAAGGACUGUGGAUAUGGAGAAGACAGCAUUCCUCAACUGAGAGACGUCUCCACCUUUCUAAAAGAAAGGACCGGUUUUCAGCUGCGCCCGGUCGCUGGCUUGUUGUCUGCAAGAGACUUCCUGGCCAGCUUGGCAUUCCGAGUGUUCCAGUGCACACAGUAUAUCCGGCAUUCCUCCACCCCAAUGCACUCUCCAGAGCCUGACUGCUGUCAUGAACUGCUUGGUCACAUCCCCAUGCUGGCAGACAGAGAGUUUGCCCAGUUUUCCCAGGAAAUUGGUCUAGCUUCAUUGGGAGCAUCAGAUGAGGACAUUGAAAGGCUGUCUACGCUCUAUUGGUUCACAGUGGAGUUUGGUCUCUGUAAACAGGAUGGAGCAGUGAAGGCGUACGGUGCUGGACUGCUGUCUUCGUAUGGAGAGCUCAUGUACGCUCUCUCAAAUGAGCCAGAGUACAGACCCUUCAAGGCUGAGGAGGCUGCAGUCCAGCCCUAUCAAGACCAGGCCUUCCAGCCAGUAUACUUUGUGUCAGAGAGCUUUGAAGAUGCAAAGGCCAAGCUGGGGCGGUACUCAAUGACAAUCCAGAAGCCCUUCUCUGUUCGGUACGACCCGUUUACAUGCAGCAUGGAGGUUCUGGACCAGCCAGGAAAGAUCCAGAACGCUCUGAGCCAGAUGAGGGAGGACUUGAAGAUACUGCAUAGUGCUUUGGAAAAACUGGUCUGAAUCAGAACCAAAUUGGGCCCAAAAUGCACAAACCUCUGACGUAAUUCGGAAUAAGUUCAAACCGAUGACAGGUGAAAAUGCACAUAAGCUUGUACUGUGUAUAAACUGUG